AUGGCUCUUGGAGUACUUUCUGUGUUAUGUUGGAGAAAGUUUAAGAACCUCAGUUUCAUGGAACAGUUCCUUGACUACAGACAAGUUCCUACUGCUACAGAGGCCAAUGAAAAUACUGAGUCUAUAAAGGAGAACGGACAUGUUGAAAAAGUCAAGGAACCAAAUGACAAGCGAAUUCAACAGAAAGGUCUGCCGCUUAUACUGUUUGUGUAUUAUUAGAGGCGCGAUGUAACGGUUGUCUGGUUUAUUUUGUUAUAAUUAUUAUGGAACUUAACGUUAUCAAAGAAAUUGCUUGUAAAAGAUAAAAUCACAGCUUCCUGUCCAACAAAUAUACCUCUCAAGCAUAGAUCUAACUUUAGACACAACAAAUGAACUUUGAAAACCCGUUAACCUAACAAGUUUUCAAAAUCCUCAAUUGCAUGCAAUCCGUUUUAAUCAUUCUCAAGUUUGUCCAUCGGUGCCUCCUUUAGUAUUUGUUGUGUUAUCCAUACUCUUGUUUAACGUUUUGAGCGGUUAUUUUUAUAUUUCACCCGGAUUUGGUGGUGGUUCCCAGCGUUUGAAUCUUGAUAUCCCGAACUUUAAGUCCGUAAAUGUGAUCUUUGUUUUACGAACUAUAGUGCGACCAUCUCUAGUAAGCGACCAUCGAUAUAAAACACCUAUAUUUUUCCUGUUAAAGCCCUACAGUUGGAACCUCUCGUAAACGACCACCUGUCGUUGGCUUGUACGGCGACCGCGUCCACUUUUUGGGAAAAUUGUAGCCUGCGUAGCAGGCGCUUGGAAGUAGUGGGCACCAGAAAAAAGGGGCGCGCGAGUAGGAGACACCCGACGCCUGUGUCCCUCGCGCGCCCGUUCUCUCUUUCGCCAGCUACUUCCAAGCGCCUGCUACGCAGGCUAGGACAAUUGUUUUGACACAUGGUCUGAUCUCUAUGUUCGCUGUACGUAUACUAUGCUAUUAGAAUUUGCGACUAACCGUUACUGAUAACAUGGAACUACCCACAUCAAAAAUAAAGAGUCAGUUCUGCUUCGAAUCUGUACCAGUGAGCAUAUUUAAUUUACAACAGGGCCAUUACUCAAACUACAUUUGUCUUCCCUUACUUUUCCCUUUUUUAAUGUUUUAUUUAAGAUUGAAAAAAAGAAAAAACUUUUUAAAUGAUGCGAUGAAACAAGGACUUGAGUUUGCACACAUUUUUUUUAAAUUUAACUCUUUUUAGAAAAAGGUGAGAACAAUGUUUAGAGCCAGUUCACAAACAAAAUGUUUCGGUUUCGUACAUUUAAUUUUUAAACCUUUUGUUUCCCUUUCUAGUAGGUGACGAAGAGAAAAAGAAGAAGAUUCCUCCUAGACAAUAUCCGGUGUCGAACCCACCACCCUGGAUCCCCAAACCGGAAGUCAGUGUAGUAUCUGUUCAGCCUCAGGAUUCUUCGAUUAAGGACGAUGACGAGGUUCCUUAUUCCAGCUCAGACGAAGAAGAGAUGGUC